AUAGUUCGGGGGCCUACACUUAACCUUAGCGGCUUUAGUAUUACAAAACCGACCCGAUCUUAUCCCUUUCUCUCCCUUCCCGGAUCAUCUCCUACCUCUGAUCGGUUCCCAAAUCCAAACUAGGGCACACCGGUUUCUCCCUCUACGUUUGAUUCAUCGCCCCUCUCGAGCUCCUCCCAUCUCAAUCCUCUAACCAGACUACUUCAAACAACGAGUGAGUGUUGGUCACCAUGGCCGGACGAGCUCCGAUUCCGACAAGUAACUCGGCUCUAAUUGCAAUGAUUGCUGAUGAGGACACUGUGACUGGGUUUUUAUUGGCUGGAAUUGGUAAUGUUGAUCUGCGGAGGAAGACAAAUUACCUUAUUGUGAACAAUAAGACUACUUUGAAAGCAAUUGAAGAAGCAUUUAAGGAGUUCACCACCAGAGAGGAUAUCGCCAUCGUGUUGAUUAGCCAAUAUGUUGCGAAUAUGAUAAGGUUUCUAGUGGAUCGCUACAACAAGCCUGUUCCUGCUAUACUGGAGAUACCAUCCAAGGACCAUCCCUACGACCCGACGCAAGAUUCGGUUCUUUCUCGAGUUCGGUACUUGUUUUCUGCGGAAUCUGUUGCCUCAGGAAGGUACUGAAAAGCGGUUCGAUGUACCCACAGUUUGUGUUCUACACAGAACUUGGUUUCGCUCUGACCUUUUAAGUGUAUGUAUAUGUGUAUAUAUGAAUGUGGCGCAAUUCCUGUGGGGAAAAAUUAUCAACUGUUUUCUUUUCUUGUGAACGUCGUUGGAUUCUGCGGAAACUUUUGUCGACUGGUUGUUAGCUCUUUGAAUGUCUUUUGUGUUUUUCCCU